AGGCUUAAGGUACGUUUACACCGAGGCAAACACUAGCAACCUGGUAGCAUGCUAACUGGUAGCAUGCUAUCAGGUUGCCUCUGUUUGCCCGGUUGCCUGGCAACCAGAGUUUGCCUGCUACCAAUUUGCCAACGGUCGCCGGCUAUCCGCAGCUGAUGGGUUCAGUUGCCUGGUUGCCUCGCUCGCGAUGGUUGUGUGGGACAUAAACACGGUUAAAAAAGUGAUUGAGGAGUACCGGGAGAGGAGAGUCCUCUGGGAUUUAUGUGACCCAGCAUACAAGGAUAACAAAAAGAAAGUUAAGAUCUGGGAGGAUCUAGCUAAAGUGUUUAAUUGUGAUGUGAAAGAAAUAAAGGAUAAAGUGAAAAAUCUGCGCACUACAUUCCACAAAUACAGAAAAAAGAAAAGUGGAUCAGCUACAAGCGAACAAUGGAUUCACUACAAUUCUCUCACCUUCUUGCUUGAAGUCGAUGCACCUAAAAAGGGACUGUCCACUGAAGAGGACAUUUCUCAGAUUGAUGAUGAAACUUGUACUUCUGAUGAUCAGCUAACUGAAAUUGGUGAAGCUUUUCAAGAAGAGGGAGACCGAGACUUGGAAGAGUUCGCGAAACCCGUGCCCUACAGCGGGAAAAAAAAAAGAAGAGUGGCGUCCAGAGAUACUGACGCCAAAAGGGCUGACGAGGCUUACGAAAUUAUGAAAGCAGCCAGCAACCGAGACGACUGUGCUAUUUAUGGGGAAUAUGUUGCUAGCGAGCUACGCAAAUUAAGUGGCUAUAGCCAAAUGAUGGUCAAACAUGCAAUUAAUAAUAUUCUGUUUGAAGGAGCACUGGGGAAAUAUGAUAAACCCAACCCAACUCAAUUUCCAGUUCCAGUCCCUACCUCGAGCCCAAUUCCACAUUAUCACAGCCCUGUUCCAAGCCCAAUUCCACAUUCUCACAGCCCUGUUCCAAGCCCAAUUCCACAUUCUCACAGCCCUGUUCCAAGCCCGCUUUCAGUUCCAAGCCCAAAUCAGUACCCAGUUCCCCUUUCAACUCCAAGCCCAAUUCCCCUUCCUACUCAUAGCCCAAGUCCCAGUUCAAGUCUAUCGACGACUGAGAUACAGGAAGAAGCCUCAAGUGAUACCUUUUCACUAGUACAUUUUGUUAUGUAAAAUUAAAUAGAAGGUUUUGUGAAAA